UCGCAGCGUACGCAUCUAUCUACAGAUUACCCAAUCUCACUGACUCUACGAUGGCUGACACAGCAGUUGAAACUCCAGCUCCAGCAGCAGCGGCAGCUCCCAAGAAGGAAGCCAAGAAGACUACCGCUAAGAAGCCAGCUAGCAAGGCAUCGCAUCCACCAGUAGCCAAGAUGCUGGUCGAGUCCGUCGUUGCCUUGAAAGAGAAGAAAGGAUCGAGUCUUCAAGCCAUCAAGAAGUACAUGGCCAGCCAAUACCUCGUUGACGUUUCCAAACUGGCUCAUCUCAUCAAGAAGUCGUUGAAAGCAGCCAUUGAGGCCAAAACUAUCAUUCAACUCAACGGAGUUGGCUUGAACGGACGUUUCCGUGUUCCAGCCAAGUCUGCUGAGAAGAAAGAGAAGAAGGUCGUCAAGAAGCCAGUGGCUAAGAAACCAGCGGCCAAAAAGCCAGCCGGUGAGAAGAAAGCCAAAGCUGCCAAGCCAUCCGAAAAGACGAAGAAAGCUGUCGCCGCUAAAAAGCCUACAAGUACCAAGAAAGCUGCUGCCGCUAAGAAGCCAGCUAGUCCGAAAAAGGCCGCUGCUGCCAAAAAAUCGCCAGCCAAGCCCAAGGCCGCCAAACCUAGCAAGGCCAAAGUAGGAGGUAAAUCUCCUGUUGCUGCCAAGCCGAAAGCACCUAAACCGAAGAAGGCCACUGCCCCCAAGGCUAAGGCUGCUAAGAAGUAAAGUGAGACAGUCAAGUCCUUUUUAGGACUAUAAUCGGCCCUUUUCAGGGCCACAA